CUAUAUAUUUACCUGUUAUGCCCGUAGGCAAUAGUUGGUACAGUACAUUUUUUCCACUGUUUAUCUGUUCUAGAGCCGUACAGCAAGAUGAGCAGCCCCCCUGGCCCGGGCUCCCUACUGUUAGCAUUAAUCAUACUGGGAAUGGGCAGAGAUCUAAUGGCUGAGACUGUAGAAGAGCCGUUCCCUCCCUCAGCCCCAAGGAACCAGAUACCCAGCGCAGCAUAUAAUGAGAGCAGCUCCUUUCCAGCAGGAAACGAUGAUUUAAACUGCCCAGAGCAGCAAUAUCUUAAUGAGUCUCUCAGCGGUGCCAUAAUUGUCCUUCCGUGCCAUGUUACCGACGCCGGGCUGGCAGGAAUAAUAACCUUCACUUGCACUAAUGGGCAGUGGACAAACCAUACAAACUGUUACCUUACUGCUCUCUUUAAUCAGUUCUUGGAAAUUCAGAACAUCAUAAAUGACCCAGAUCCUGACAAACUGUUGCCUUCGUUCCUGCAAACCCUAGCCGAUAUUACAGUAAUUAACAAAGAAGCCAUUAUGAGCUCACCAACCUACAUCAGUCUGACUGUGAACAUAUUGUCUAUAGUUUCGGAUAUAAGUCGAACUGUGCUACCAGCGAUGAUGGAUAACUUUAUCACUAUAGUAAAUACCAUUGUGGACGAACCACAAGCUUGGACAACUAUAAGGGACAGGAGCUCAGAUCUUCUCUCAUUGGUGGAAAGAUUUGCAGGAAAACUUAGGAUUGAGAGCAGCUUUGAAAGCAACAAAUCAAAUUCUAACAUUCAGCUAAAAGGGCAAACGUUUAGCGCAAACACGAGCUACAAUCAGACGUUCCAGCUGUCCGGUUUGAGCGGAGGAGUGUGGAUAGGGGACGGGUCGCUGAGUGGGAACUGCACCGUCGUCAGCAUCGCUUAUUCUACCCUGAAGGAUAUUCUGCCUUCUGACCCUAACACGAUAAUCAGUGGCCUCGUUAUCUCAACCAAAGUAGUUCAAGGAACCAUCAACCAGGAUCAUUUUAAUGUAUCGAUAUCAUUUAGUCAGAGCAACGAUUCCCCGACCAACUCUCAGUGUGUCUUCUGGGAUUUCAAUAUCAAUAACUGGAACCAGGAAAACUGCUCUUCGACAGUAACUGAUAGCUCACUAUUCUGCAACUGUAAUCACUUAACGUCCUUCUCUGUGCUUACUGGUGAUAUACAGUCAGGGGUGAUGUACUCAUCAAGAACUCUAUUUUAUAUUGGGAAAGGGUUCUCUCUCGCCUGCAUGGUUAUCACUCUGGUUAUUGAAGCCAUUGUGUGGAAGUCAGUGACUAAGAGCAAGACCUCGUACCUACGCCACGUGUGCCUGGUGAACAUUGCUCUGCUGUUCCUGGUGGAAGAUAUCGCCUAUAUCCUCCCCCUACCUACGUAUUUCUUAAUUUUCUUUUCCGCCUUGGCCCAGUUCUUUUGGAUGCUAAAUAUGGGGCUCCUUCUCUUUUACCGUAUUGUUUUUAUUUUACAUGACUGCAGGGGAAAGACUAUGGUGGCCAUAGCAUUCUGUGUGGGGUACGGCUGCCCUGCUCUUAUAUCCAUUGUCCCCCUCACUUCUCUUCUAGUAACGUCGGACUCUACCAGUGAUAGAUCCUGCUGGAUUGGCUUUUACUCAUUAAGGGACUUACUUGCAUUUAUUCUGCCUGCUUUCGCCAUUGUAUUUGUGAAUCUCAUCAUUUUGUUGGUGGUGAUAUUCAAGUUACUAAGACCAAACGUCGGAGACAAUCAAAGCAAAGACAAAAAAAUUGUCACAAUACAGAUUUUUAAAAGUCUCGCUGUCCUUACACCACUUCUAGGCCUCACUUCGGGCCUGAAUUUGGGCUUCGAAAUUGGUUCUAUGACUUGUAAUGCCAAUUAUAUCGUGUGGCAUAUGAUGUUUUCUACUCUCAUGGUUUCUCAGAGACUAUUCAUUCUGAUUUCUGGGGUGCUGUUGGACCAAAAGGUGAGGGCUGCUCUGAGGAACACUUUAUCCUGCUCUAAACUGAAAGACAUCUUCUGUAGCUUCCCCUGCAUAUUCACAUCCAAAGUCAGAGAAAUUCAGUAGCCGUUUGGUUCCUUCCAAAGGUGA